CUUUUCUUCCCACCUGUCAAGACGCGGUCUUCCAACUUCCCCUUCCCUUCUUCUAUCCCUUCCGGACUUCCACCCCACAAUCUCUCUCUCUCUCUCUCUCUCUCUCUCUCUCCAUGGAAAAUCUCUUCUUCUUCCUCUCUCUCCUUUCAUCUCUCUUCUUUCUCUCCUCCUCUUUCACCCCUCCAGACAACCACCUCAUCACCUGCGGCUCCACCCUCCCCGCCACAACCCCCAACAACCGGGUCUUCCUACCCGAUUCCAAAUCCGACUUGUUCCUCCUCUCCUCACACCGCAAGAUCUCCAUCCAAGACCCAAACCCUCCCCCAAAUUCCAACCCUCUUUACGAAUCCGCCCGGAUCUUCACAAAACCCUCUUCCUACUCCUUCCCCAUCAAAUCCACCGGGCCCCACAUCGUCCGCCUUCAUUUCGCUCCCUUCUCUUCCGAUAAUUACAACCUCUCGUCUUCCUUUUUCCACGUCUCGGCCCUCCAAUUCUCUCUUCUCAGAAAUUUCAGCGUCCCUGAAAAUACCCAUGUCGUGAAAGAGUAUAUAAUCAACACCGGCAGCGAGAAGAAGCUCGUGAUUUCUUUCGAUCCCGCCUGCAAGUCAUCUUUCGCAUUUGUCAAUGCCAUCGAGGUCAUUUCUGCGUCGGACGAUCUCAUUGCUGAUGUUGCCCGCUUGGUAGAUCCUGAAGGAAUCAAGGACUAUGAUGGUUUGCUGGGAAGCGCGCUCGAGACCAUUCAUCGUAUCAACGUUGGUGGCCCAAAGGUAACACCUUUCAACGACACCCUGUGGAGGAAUUGGAUCCCCGAUGAGAAGUUCCUCCUGUUAAAGGAUUCCUCCAAGGCCAUCUCCUUCAGUGGUCGGAUUAAGUACCAGCCAGGAGGUGCGACCCGCUUGAUUGCUCCGGAUAGCAUCUACAACACUGCCCGUGUCCUGAACGUGGAGAAUGCAAAAAUUGCGGAGCCGAAUUUCAACAUUACAUGGGAAUUUCCCGUGAAUUUGGGUUAUAAAUACCUUGUUCGGAUGCACUUCUGCGAUAUCGUUAGUCCAGUGCUUAAUCAGCUAUAUUUUGAUGUUUACCUAAAUGGGUUUUCGGCUUAUGAAGAUAUUGAUCUUUCUCACAUCACGAAUAUGCUGGCAUCCCCUCACUAUGUUGAUUUUGUAGUGGAACCUGAGAUUUCAGGGGUUAUUCGAGUGACUGUUGGUCCGUCAAGUUUGAAUCCUUCAGACAUCAAUGCAAUAUUGAAUGGGUUGGAGAUCAUGAAGUUGAAUAACUCGAUUGGAAGUCUUGAUGGUGAAUUUGAAGUGGUCUCAGUCAAAAGUUGGAUGAGCAAGAAUGUUGGUGUUUUCUUGUGUUCGGUUUUGGGGGGGAUUGCUUUUAUGUGCAUUUUGAUUGCUGCAUUCAUGCUGGUUUCGAGGAGGUGGACCACGCUGAGGGAUUCCGUGGCAUGGUCACCUUUGCCACCAGAUGUUUCAGAAGGUAGCACGAGAUACCGGAAUAUGCUAUCAACGGGUAAACUGGGAUAUGUUAAGGUUUAAUUGUAAGCUUUUGUAUAAUCUGAUUUGGGUCUUCGACUCUUUGUAGAAUGGAUGGUGGAAAUUGCUUGACUACCUAUCUCGUAAGCAUUGUAUUUCUAAAUGGAUGUGUUUGAGGCUCUAAAGAGUAACUAUGAAUUGAAAGUAGACAUCUUUGUAUGUAAAUUCUAUGAGUUUGAAUUGAGUUCACUUCAAGAA